GCUAUUCGGGAUGAGAGCUUAGUUCUGGGUCAGCUGCAUGAAGUGAUACAUCUCUGUGUUUUGCUGAGACUUUGGACAAGGUCUCACGAGAAUCCCAAUUAAGGAGCUAAUGCUGAAUAUAUUUCCUUAAAACAGUUGGUAAACCAGGCACGUCUAAGGCUUCUUGGCAAACACUCAAUGUUUACGUCCAAAAUGGCACCCUAUUUCCUUUGUAGUGUACUACUUUGACCUGGGCCCGUCGUGCAUUAUGCAGGCUAUAGGGUGCCAUUUUGGACGCCCCCACGUCACGUCCGAAAUUGUAUUGAUUAUGAGGGAUGCGGGGGAUGGAACGGUUGCCUAGAUUCUAGAAUAAGGGCAGGGCAUUGUAGCCUAGAGGUGUGUUGUUUUUCAUGGCGGGUCGAUGUUUUUAUUGAUAGACGCAGUGUGAAUUGAAACAUGGAGCGGGAGAGCGCCUGUUUUUAACAAGGUUGACGAGGUUCAAAUCAAUAAAACACCCUUAGCAUUGACCAGUUUAUUAAAUUAGUAAACAAAGAAAGUCCUACUUCUAUUCUUGAUACUGUGAGAAAUUGAUCCACAAACUAGGCCAAUUGCUCCUGGACAAAAGCCGUUUUUGUGUUUUCUGGAACAACCCGAUCCUCGUAUAGACUCAGCACCAUUGACAGCUAAAGGAGAGAAUAUAUUCAACGCCGCGAAAUCCAGCCUUUGAUCCCGAUUCCAUUGUGAUUUCACAGGAGAAGGUGACCUGCUCUGACGUAAUCAACAACGCAUGAUUGUACUGCCUCAAACCUGUACGGAGCGCAAAGAACAUCUCAGCGACAGCGAGGCCUUCGCUUCAUACAACUCUGACAGUUCUUUCCGAUCUAAACCCAACAAUGGCGUUGCCGUUGGGAACAUAAGGUCGGUAGACCUCUUCGCGCUGAAGUACAUUACCCCGUUGACCCAAUUUAUUCUGGGCUUUGUGAGGCUGGUCAUUCUUCUCUCUGCUGCUACACUGAGCUGUGACGCUGUGAUAUUAUCACUGGGGAGACUCCAUGACACGUCACUGAGCUGUGACGCUGUGAUAUUAUCACUGGGGAGACUCCAUGACACGUCACUGAGCUGUGACGCUGUGAUAUUAUCACUGGGGAGACUCCAUGACACUUCACUGAGCUGUGACGCUGUGAUAUUAUCACUGGGGAGACUCCAUGACACUUCACUGAGCUGUGACGCUGUGAUAUUAUCACUGGGGAGACUCCAUGACACUUCACUGAGCUGUGACGCUGUGAUAUUAUCACUGAGGAGACUCCAUGACACUUCACUGAGCUGUGACGCUGUGAUAUUAGUAGUAUCUUCCUGUAUGGUACAGGUCCUGCUGAGAGCACAGACACAGAGAUGAAGCCUGUGUGCUGCUCAGCCUAGACAGUGGAUAGGGUGUCACUAACCCAGAUCCUGUUGCAGAUGCUAGCCUACUGCUGUUGACAACGCCAUCGUCACUAUGACCAGCCUAGGGAUCCAGCAACGUCCCACUGACCACAGACAGAUAGGGAGGAGUCCUUUACUCCUGUCUCACAAACAGAGGUCCUCCUCCUCCCUGCCCCUCCUGAAACACCUGCACCAGGCUGGGGGGCCGUAUGCUGUCGUUGAGCCCCAGACAGACCCGCCGUCGCUGGGUGACUACUUCUCCCUCCUCCAGCGUCUGAAAGAGGAGACUUACAUGUACAAACAGAACAAGGAUCUGAAACAGGUACAGAGCAGGAAGCCAUGGUGUAAGCAACAGCCUCACUCUCCACCUCUGGCCAGUCCUCUUCCCAGAGGCCCUAGCAGCAGAGUCCCACCACUUCCCGGAGUUCCCAGUAGCAGCAGCAGUGUUUUACCGUCGGAUCGUACCCAGCGUAGACUGAGCCAGCACUCCAGCCACAAGAUGGCGUCCUCCUCCUCCUCCUCCCAGAAGAGUAAACACACACCUGCCAUCAUUAAGGGCCAUCGCCACUUAAGCUACGGAGGAUCCGUCCCACCUGAGAACAUCACCAUUCAACAGUUUUAUGACCUUACACCUACCAAGAAAAGUAACCUCCGCCUCAACGACCAGCUUAUACCAAAACCAACGGACAUCAACAUCGGAGAGAUAAUGAUAAAGGUUCCAAUUCCAAAAGAACAUCCGUAUCAGACCCACAUCUCCCGCUUCGCCCUGUUCCCAACGUUCCGCUCACCAGACGACCCCGACACAGGCGUGAGAGCUGCGUCCCUACGACCCCUGAACCCCCUCGUCCCGUCCUCUGCUCCAGAGGUCACCGUGCUGAGAAAGACAAAAGGAGGUCCUUACCGUCAUGAGGUACUGGAGGCACCCAUGACAACCAGGAAGAAAACCAUCUCAUGGCCAGGACAACAUGGCUUCCUGGAUCACCCCAAGCCAGUUAAGGGCGAGGCCCAGACCCAGGUAUUCUACCCUAAGUCCCAGAAGACAGUGUUUCCCAACCCCACAUUGCGUGACUGGGACGUCACGCUGUCUGAACGAACAGCCAACAUGCUCCGCAACGUGGAGAAGUCCCACUGGGUCACCUCCUACCAGCUUCACUACACAGGCACUGGGUCUACUAAUCCCUGGAGGUUGGAUGACUACCAUGAGAACACCGUUGACAUGAUCACUGGGAAGACAACUCCCUACACAACACAGCUGGUACGUACAGACAUGAUCACUGGGAAGACAACUCCCUACACAACACAGCUGGUACGUACAGACAUGAUCACUGGGAAGACAACUCCCUACACAACACAGCUGGUACGUACAGACAUGAUCACUGGGAAGACAACUCCCUACACAACACAGCUGGUACGUACAGACAUGAUCACUGGGAAGACAACUCCCUACACAACACAGCUGGUACGUACAGACAUGAUCACUGGGAAGACAACUCCCUACACAACACAGCUGAGGGAGCGAUCCCACCCCGUCCUGCUGCCCCCUAAACCACGAGACGGGCGCAAGGCCAGAAUACGCCAGGGCCGUCAUAAGGUGGAGAGCACCUACCACCCUCCUGUCACUGCCCCAGCAGCAGAGUCCCACAGCACAGACCAGACUUCCACACAGAAUCACCCUGCUGGGCCUCUAGGAACUAUGUCUGGUCAUCAAAGUCAUCAGGAGAUAAAGAGGAACCCUUCUACUCAGGACGGCCAUCCCAACAACAGCCAUGGCCACUCAGAGCUCAGUCUAGCCAGGCCUGGGGCUGGAGAUGUGUCUGUGCCGGAGCCUGCUCAGGUGUCUGGCUAUGUGUUCCCUGGUCACCACCUUCAAGAUCACGGCUCUAGGUGUGAGAGGUGUGGGGAGGAGAGGUGUGAGUGCCAGGUCAAGGAGGUCAGAGAAGGGCUCCAUCACCCAGGGCCAGGGGCAUCAGACCCCCAGCAGAGCAGCCAGGCUCCCAGAGCCUCCCUGGAGAAGGUCACAGACACAGAGAGCCCUCUGGCCUUGUACAGCUGCCAUUCUCCCCUAAAUGAGACCACAGAGGUCACCAAAGAGAAUAACACCCAGAGAGAGGUGUGGUACGAGGACAUUCCUAGCAGCAAGAAGCAGAGCUACACAGCAUCAGGGGGUAACCUGUUCAGCCUGAGCCAGCCAGUUCCAGCAUUGGCUACUAACAACACAGGGGCGGCAUAUGAAUCUGAGACAGAACUGUCUGCUGCUGAUCUGGUCUCUCCCAACAUCCGUAACUGGCGUUCUGGCAGGAAUUUAGUUCUGGGUUCUGAGAUGACUGUCUAUCAGACCCUUGAAGAACAGGAUCGGGAGUGGCAGAACAGCGAGAUCCCCAUCCCACGCAGUAUCUCCAACCCCUGUAUUCAACCCCGUCCACAUGCCCUGCCUUCCACCCACCCAGGGGAGAGGGGCCGGUGCCAGCUGGCCCUGUUGGAGCUCCAGGACUCCUUCAGUAAGUCGGAGGUCCACCGUCUCUUCCACAGCUCCCUCCAGGGGGGCGCGGUCGACCUGCAGGACAAUGUACACACCGGGAGAAAGCACCGCUUCUACGGCUUCAACUCCUUCUAUUUCCACAACUGAGCACUGUAUUGUAGACCUACCACUAUGCCCACAGUCUGUAGGGAGUGGAAGACAUCAGAGGGCUUCGUGAGUGGAAUGGGUCUACGGUCUACAACGUUCUCUCUUCAUGAUGGGAAAUCCAACCAUAUACUGUCGCUUACUCAAAGCUACUGACAUGUUUUGCUUAUGAUGUCUGUCUUAUGAUGUCUAUCUUAUCAUGUCUAUCUUAUCAUGUCUAUCUUAUGAUGUCUGUCUUAUGAUGUCUAUCUUAUGUCUAUCUUAUGAUGUCUAUCUUAUGAUGUCUAUCUUAUGAUGUCUAUCUUAUGAUGUCUAUCUUAUGAUGUCUAUCUUAUGAUGUCUAUCUUAUGAUGUCUAUCUUAUGAUGUCUAUCUUAUGAUGUCUAUCUUAUCAUGUCUAUCUUAUCAUGUCUGUCUUAUGAUGUCUGUCUUAUGAUGUCUAUCUUAUCAUGUCUAUCUUAUCAUGUCUAUCUUAUCAUGUCUAUCUUAUCAUGUCUAUCUUAUCAUGUCUGUCUUAUCAUGUCCGUCUUAUGAUGUCUGUCUUAUGAUGUCUGUCUUUCCAUGUGCAGAUGGUUCUAAUAAAAUCAUCCAGAAGUAG